GUUGCAGUAGGGAAGGAUGGCCUCAGAUUUACACCCGACACCAUCAGCGCAAAGCCCGGAGACAGAAUCACCUUCGAAUUCUACCCCAAGAACCACACCGUAGCGCAGGCAGCAUUCGACAACCCGUGCAACCCGAUCAACGGGAGCAUCUUCUCUGGCUUCAACUUCGCGGUCGCGGAGGGAAAGGCAGAGAAGCAGUUCACGAUCACGGUCAAGGACGAUAAGCCGAUAUGGUUGUACUGCUCCGCUGUGCCCCAGGGUAACUCCCACUGCGCUGCUGGGAUGGUGGCUGUCAUCAAUCCUCCUAAGGAGGGACCCAGGACUCUUCAGGCAUUCCGUGAGGCA